AUGGUUGAAUUACCAGUUUUGCUCCUGUUGGGGUCACUGUUUCUCUGUGGUCAUGUGGAGGCCCAGUCCAACACCAUUGACAUACUGAGGACAGCUGCACUCCAGAUGACGGGAACUCUGACCUGUGACAAGUGGGACUGCGACUGCGCUUUUACUCGCCAGCGUGGCUGCUGCUGUGGAGCCAAUGACUUAUUCCAAGUAGAAGAGGAUACCUUCACUAGGAUUAAAUAUUUGUGGCACGAUAUCAGCGCGCUGAAUAGCAGGGUACAGGAGCUCACGGCUGGCGUCAAGAUUGCCUUUGAAGCCACCAUAGACCCAAAUAUUGCCACCAUAAUUCCUGGAACUACUGAACUUUGCUUUGGUCCUUUCAAUACUAAUGUGCCAAUCCCCUAUGGUACCGUCACUCUAAAUGAUGGCAGGGCAUAUAACCCUUCCUUGGGUGUCUUCACUGCCCCUCGUCCUGGUGUUUAUGUCUUCUCCUUCACAGUCUACUCAUCUGUGGAGGAGAAUGGGCGCCUCUACCACAAAGUCCAGCUGAUUUUGAAUGGGAAGCCAACGGCCAGUGUGUGGGAGAAUAAUCGAGAGGAUGGUGAAGACAGCGCUACACAGGUUGUGGUACUGGAGCUGCAGAGAGGCGAUCAGGUCUACGUGGAGCUAACAUCUGGGAGGAAGCUCUAUAAAUCCUUGGAGCUCAAUAUCUUUACUGGUUACAUAUUGUACCCUUUCCUUGAUUAGUAAUACACCAGUCAGAGUUCCAGGCUACUUCACUUUCUCACUCCAGGACCUUAAAUGAAUCCAUUUGUACUCGCUCAGCUGAGAUCAACAAACUAACAGUCUUUGUCGCAUGUCGGCCCACCACAUGUAUGUUUGUGACCUAACGCAGCACAAGCCUCAUAGACCCCCCCACC